AUGCAGUAUACUGUAGAUGGCGCGGGGGAGCACUGCUUUACAGCCCGAGUUUCUGUUCAGUCCGGCCUCGAGUACCAAUACAGGUUCAGGGCCGCAGAGAGUGACGACUGGCUCUUGGACGAGCACAGCAGCAUAGUGACGGAUCAUCGAGGAAACAAGACCAAUCUACUCAAAGCGCCAGCGAUGGACCGUGCCCCCAAGCAGAGGCAGUCGUCUCCCGAGGUGCCGCAGAGAGCAAUCGAGUCGGUGCCCGUUCCUGGUCUGCCUGGAACCAUGAGCGGCGCGUCUGCGCAAGGCAAACCAGGCGCGGCCAGUGCCGCUGACGCCACGAAUGGCGCAAGAUCUCGUACCCCAACCGAGGUGGUUUCAUCUACGGCGGCCGAAGUUGCAGACACUGCCGCCCAGUUCGAUGACCCGAAGAACACAAUGCCUUCCCGUCCCGAAAAGCUCCAAGACACAGGUGACGCAACAGGCGACCACGAAGAUUUCAAGUCGCCACUCUUUGCCCACGAGGCCUUUGGAGCGAGCGAGACAGCCGACGAUGGCUUCGAUCACGAGCCGCAGGACUUCGCGGUCAACAGCCCCAAUUCAAGGCUGUCGUUUGGCAACUACGGGUUCUUGACGCAUUGCGCAGGAUCCAGUCCGGCCACGAUGACAACCACCCUCAUCUGGAGCAUCUCCAGCUAUCCCCUCGGACUGCGCCACUGA